GAACCAGAAGUUACACUUUAUCGUGGGACUCGUAUUCUUAUAGAUGAAUGUGAACAAUUAAAACAAAAUGUAGGAAAUCUUAUAUCAAUGAAUGGAUUUUUAUCUUCUAGUUUAUCAAAAGAUGUGGCUUUAAUGUUUGCUGGAAAAUCCAAUGAAACACAUCAAUCAGUUUUAUUCGAAAUUGAAUGUGAUUUAAAAGAAGUUCAAACAAUUGUUCUUGCACAUAUUGUCAAAUAUAGUGUAAAUAAAAGUGAAGAAGAAGUUCUUAUCGAUAUUGGAGCUGUUUUUAAAAUCAUUUCUGUCGAACCAGAAGGAGACUUUAUUUUAAUCAAGCUGAAAGCAACAGAUGAAGGAAACAAAAUUUCGAAAAGUUAUUUAGAAAUUAUUCAGGCUGAAUUAAAAGAGAAAAAUGUUCGUAUUAUAUGGGGUGAUCUUCUUUCAGGUAUGGGACAUUAUGAUAAAGCUCUAGAAUAUUUUCAAAAAAUACAAACACUUGAUAGUGAUAUUGAAGACUGGCAAUUACAAAUACAUAUUGGUCAUGUCCUACAAGCACAACGUUUAUAUAAUCAAGCUGCAGACCAUUAUCGUUGUGCACAUGAUCUAUGGGAAAAGAAAAACUCAACUGAAAAUAUCUCCAUUCUCCUUCAUAUUAGUAAGAUUUCGCUUGAAAUAGGUCAUUAUGAUGAAGUACUUCGUGCUCUUUCUCGGGCUUUAAAAACUUAUGAAGACAUUCCAGAACUUGAUCAUAAUAAGAUUUAUUAUCAUGAUAUUGCAAAUAUACUCUCUUGUUUUGGUCGAUGUUAUUUUAAUAAAGGAAAAUAUGUCCAAGCCAUUAGUUAUUUUCAUUCGGCUUAUGACACACGAGAAACUUAUUACUCAUCUGAUCAUUUUGAAAGUGCAUAUGAUUUAGCUCACCUUGGCAGAAUUUAUAAAACCAAAGGUGAUCGUAAACGUGCAUUACAUUAUUUUUCUCAUGCUACAGCAAUUUAUGACAUGACUCUUCCAUCUGAUCAUCCAGUUAGGAUUAAUCACUUGUCCAAUAUUGCACAAAUUUUAGAAGAGCAAAAUAAGAAAGAAGAUGCAUUAAAAUAUUUUCGACGAGCACUUCUACUUAAUCAGAAUGUUUCCUUAAAAAUUCCAGUAGAGAUCGCAGUUAAUCUUGAUCUUCUAGCUAAUAUUUCUCAUCUGGAAGAUGAUACAGAAGAAGCUCUAGAAUUGUAUCAACAAGCGUUGGAAAUAAAACGAACCUUUCUUAUGGAAAACCAUCUAGAUAUAGCAAAUGCUUUGACUAUAAUUGGCAAUAUUCUUCGAGAGAAAGAGCGUUAUGACGAAGCUUUUACCAAUUAUACACAUGCUGCAGAUAUUUAUGAAAAAAUAAGUCCAGACGGACAUCCGCAUAGUGCUAUCGUUCUACAUGGUAUCGGCUUUAUUUAUUACACCAAUAAUGAUUAUGAGAGAGCCCUUUCUUGUUACAAAAAAGCUCAAAUAAUCUAUGAAAACAAUUUUUUUCCUGGUGAUUCAAAUUUCCUACGUCUCUUGUUAUGUAUUUCUGAAGUCUAUCAAUCAAAAGGUGAACUUUCACUUGCUAUUAAAAUUUUAAAAGAUUGUCUUAUUACAAUACAAAAAUAUCAUUCAAAUGAUGAUCUACUUCUUAAAAGAUCAUAUAUGAUGCUAGCCGACACGUAUAUGCUUCAAGACAAUAUAAAAGACGCAUUAUAUACAUAUGAGAAAGCUUUUUCAAUCGACGUUGACGAUGAAAUCGAACAUUAUGUUUAUCAUGUUGGUUAUCUUUUAUUAAUGUCAAGCUAUACAAUGGAAUCAUCAGGGCAAAUUUUACAGGCUAGAAAUAUGCAGAAGAAUGCGUCUAUUAUUUUUCAAAAAUAUGAUCAUCUUAACCUAUUCAAUCUUGUAGAAGCAUUACUUGACCUACCUAAUGAUAAUACAAAUUAUGAUAAAAAUAAUUCAUCAUUUGAUGAUCUUUAUGGAAAGGCUUUUAUUCGUGCAUCUGAUAUUGUUGAAAUUCUUUAUAAAGAUGCUGGUCAAUCAGAAUUGUCUUUAUUUGAAUCCAAAUAUAUCGUUGAUCGAAUAGCGUAUUAUUAUAAUGCAAUGUAUUUAUAUCAAAGAAUGUUUAAGUAUAAUGAACAAAGAGCUGCAGCAAUAGUGCUUCUUGCAUGUAAUUAUGAGAAAAAACAAAAAUAUGAACUUGCAAUAUAUUAUUAUGAACAGGCACGAAAUCUUUAUAGACAACUGAUGAAAGAAAAAAAUACUACUACAGAUAUUGAUGAAUUAGAAACAACAAUCGAUCAGAUCACUGAUCAUUUAAGUCAUUUGAAAAUGUGA